GCCAGCAGUGCCUCUGAAUUCUCCUCUAGCAAAAUGAAAAUCCUUGAGGCGAAGUCUUCAAUUCAAUGAUUUAAAAAUGGGGGAACGAGGAAGGAGUCUGGAUUCUGGAAAUAACCAAAAAUCAGACAGUGAUAAAAGCUAUUCCUACUAUUCUGAUGAUGAUUCUUCUUGUGCCUCUGACUGCUCCGCAGCAGUAAGCACUCAGUCUACAAACACUGAAGAAAAAAGUCAUAAAGCACAGAAUCUGAAGACCCUUGGACAUUACCAAGCCUCUAAACACAUUGCCUCUAAAUAUGCACCGAGCAAAAAAGGAAUGCGCUGGAGCUUUCGCUCCCAGAGCCUCAACAGGGAAUCUCCCAUCAAAGAUAUUGGUCUUGUUACAAAAAGAGUGCUUUCUGCCAGACUACUGAAAAUCAAUGAGCUUCGUAAUGAACUGACUGAACUACAUGUAAAACUUGAUGAACUGCAAAAAGAAAACAGGGCACUAAAGCAACUUCAGUACAGACAUGAGAAAGCCCUCCAAAAGUUUGAAGACACAGAAAAUGAAAUCUCUCAGCUUCUGACAAGGCAUAACGAUGAGAUCCGAGUACUAAGGGAGCGCUUAAGAAAAUCACAGGAAAAGGAACAGACAGCUGAGAGGAAGCUGAAGGUGUCAGAAGAGGACCUGUACAAAGCCAAAGGUGCCUUGCAGAAACUGAGAAGACUUGCAGAAGACAGGCACCUCCCUGAGCGUGAUGAUCUGGCAAAGAAGUUAUCUUCAGUAGAGAGCAAGCUGGAUGAUAAUGAGAAAAGAAUUAAGGACUUGGAGAAAACCCUUGACCUUAGUAGUAAUAGUUUCCAGAGACAGCUGCAUUCUGAGAAAAAGAAAUUACAUGAAGCUCAAGAAGAAAAUAAAGUUUUGCAAGAGGAAAUUCAACGACUAAAGCAAAAGUUAAAGGACAAAGAAAGAGAACUAGAUACAAAAAAUAUAUAUGCUAAUAGAAUGCUAAAACCUUCACCCAAAAAAGGCAUCAAUAUUACACCAAGGAAAAACGCUGUGAAUAGGGACACUAAAAAAGAAGAACGGAUGACAAAAGGAGUACAGACCUCUGGAUAUUUCUCCCCUGUAGAAUUUCUUCCUCCACCAGAUUUUAUUUCUGAUCCUGUUUCAGAGGAAAAGACAGAAGAUGUAUAUAUAAAAACAGAAGAGAUUGUUAAAAAUGACUGGAAGGAACAAGCAGAACAUAUCAGGCAGGAACAGAUCACAGAAAAAGAAGAGCGGCUGAAGAGAGAUCAAGAAUUGCAAGCACUAGAAGAAACAACCAAGAAGUUUAGAGAUGAAUGGAAAAGAGAAGAAUCUGAAAGAAAGAAGACAGAAAAUAAUAUCUUGUUGGAGAGAGAAAACAAAACAAAGAUGGAAUCAGAAAUACAUACUCUGGAAAAUGAGAUGCAAAAUAGUGAAAAUGUAGAAGAAAGGAGACAGAAGGAAAUGCUGUUGAUGAAAAUGUAUAAACUUGACAGAGAAACCCAGAUCAAUACAAAGUUAGCUGCUCAAACAUUCACCUCAGAUACAACAAUUGCUACUUAUUCUUUGGAGACAAGCAACAGACCAUUCCAGUUCUCGGAGACAGCAGAGAACAUAUUCAAUGGUUUUCCAGAAUAUGAUCAGCAUAGUGGGGUUACAAAAGGAGAAACCCAGAAACAGCAAAAUGUAGGGGCCACAUGUUCAAGUGAUGAUCUGACAUUUGGCAGUUAUGUGCCUUCGUUUGCAAAAGGGUCAAGAAGGCCAAGCUGGCUUAAUCAAAAAGGUGACGUCUUAGAGGAAGCCACUAAGGAAAAUGUAGGUCUCGGUAUUAAGAGAGACAAAAAGACCAAUUUAAUGGAGCAACUGUUUGGAAGCCAUGUCAAUGUUUCAUCUAAGACAAAUGACCUGGAUUUUUUUGAUCAAGACAGUGGUACAGACAGUUUUCCUCAGGAUAAAGGCAUCACACACAAAGUAAAAGAUGACACUGAUAUUUUCUUUAGUGAAGGAAAAAGCUAUAAUCCCAAAAGGCACCGAUUGCAGCAAACGGCAAGUAGGCCAGCAGUUAAGGCUCUUAAUUACUUAGAAGAUGAAAUUGAAGAAGUGCUACUGCAGUGA